AUGAAGAAAGGGCUAUUUAUUCAUUCUAGUAUUGCGUUGCGACACCGGCUGAAACACCAUGACUGAAGUCAAAGAAAGCGCGAUGCCUCCUUUGUCCCCGCUCCGGGAUGACCCCGCGUGCUUGGAUCAAGAAGCCGCCGCGGCCACACAGCAACCUGCUGCGCACGAGAAGCACUCCGUUAACAGCCACCAAGAACCCCAGACGACAGUAGUAUUGCCGUAUGCGAUUGAAGAACCUGACGACGAGCCUGCCGACGCAUGGGAGACCACAACUGCGAGACCAAAAUCUGCGUUGCUUCUCGGUGGAAGCGUGGAUAACGAGUCAGGGGAUUUAGCAGAUUCGAUGGAGGGCCUAUAUUGUGAUUCCGAUCCUACCAGCCGUCGCUCAAGCUUUGCCGCCAAAAGGGGGACGAAGCGAAAGCCGUCAAACGCUCCGACUGCAUCAAACCGUCUAGUCCGGCCAUCUGGGAUUAACACCUCCUCCGCUACUUCAGAGGGGGGAAUUGGCGGGCGUCCCAAGAGACAACGUAGGCGGAGCCAGCGUUCAAGGAAUCAUUUAGGUCUAUUCACUGAGGUAUUCUGGCAUGGGGAAGCCAGUGAGACAGGGCCAGCAGACAGUCACGAGUCUCAAUCACCUUCCGCGGACCUCAGUAGUUCUCAUCUCCAACAGACCACUGCGCUUGAUCGGAUGGACCUCGAUUGAGCCAGUAUCAUCGAUGCUCAGAAGUUA